AUGAUUGAAGUUGAUGAGAGCUUUAAAAGUAAAAAAGUCAAAAUUAAUUUAAAUCAAGCGGUAAAAUUAGUCGAACAAAAAGAUGCUGAAAACGAUGGUCAAAAAAUUGAAGAAGAACGAAACUUUCUUAUUCAAGCUGCAAUUGUUCGAACAAUGAAAGCUCGAAAACAAUUAGAUUAUAAUUCAUUAAUAGAACAAAUUAUUCCACAAUUAACUUCAAAAUUUCAGCCAAAAAUUCUCAUGAUUAAAAAAUGUAUUGAACUAUUAAUUGAAAAAGAAUACCUAGAACGUGAUGCAAAAGAUAUAACUCUUUAUCGUUAUUUACCUUAG